AUGAGUUACUGGAGUCUGGAUAAGAAGAGCUGCCUGCAGUACUGCCGGCACUUCCUAGCGGACAACGGCGUGUUCCACGUUGAACGAUGCAUGAGUGUGAUGCAGUCUGGGACGCAGAUGGUGAAGCUGAAGAGUGGAACCAAGGGGCUGGUCCGGCUCUUCUACCUGGACGAGCACAGGACCUGCAUCCGAUGGAGGCCCUCCCGGAAGAGCGAAAAGGCAAAAAUUGUCAUCGACUCCAUUUACAAAGUCAGCGAGGGCCGGCAGUCGGAGAUCUUCCACCGCCACGCCGAGGGCAGCUUCGACCCCAGCUGCUGCUUCACCAUUUACCAUGGCAGCCACCUGGAGAGCCUGGACCUGAUCACGUCCAACCCCGAGGAGGCUCGCACCUGGAUCACGGGGCUCAAGUACCUGCUGGCCGGGAUCAGCGACGAGGACUCGCUCGCCAAGCGCCAGAGAACGCACGACCACUGGGUGAAGCAGACCUUCGAGGAGGCUGACAAGAACGGGGACGGGCUGCUGAACAUCGAGGAGAUCCACCAGCUGAUGCACAAGCUGAACGUCAGCCUGCCCCGCAGGAAGGUCCGGCAGAUGUUCCAGGAGGCAGACACAGAUGAGAACCAAGGAACCCUGAACUUUGAAGAAUUCUCAGUGUUUUACAAGAUGAUGUCCUUGCGUCGAGACCUCUACCUGCUGCUCCUGAGCUACAGUGACAAGAAGGACCAUCUCACUGCUGAGGAGCUGGCCCAGUUCCUGAGGGUGGAGCAGAAGAUGAAUAAUGUGACCCCAGAAUAUUGCCUGGACAUCAUACAGAAGUUUGAAGUGUCAGAAGAAAACAAGAAGCAGAAUGUUCUUGGGAUUGAAGGCUUCACCAGCUUCAUGCGCAGCCCGGCGUGCGAGGUGUCCAACCCGCUGCACCGCGAGGUGCACCAGGACAUGGAGCAGCCCCUGUGCCACUACUUCAUCGCCUCGUCCCACAACACCUACCUGAGCGGGGACCAGCUGCUCUCCCAGUCGCGGGCCGAGAUGUACGCGCGCGUGCUGCAGGCCGGCUGCCGCUGCGUCGAAGUGGAUUGCUGGGAUGGCCCAGAUGGGGAGCCCGUGGUGCACCACGGCUACACCCUGACUUCCAAAAUCCCCUUCCGGGACGUGGCAGAAACCAUCAAUAAGUAUGCCUUCAUCAAAAACGAGUUUCCAGUGAUCCUGUCCAUUGAAAACCACUGCAGUAUUCAACAGCAAAAGAAGAUUGCCCAGUACCUGAAGGAGAUAUUUGGUGACAAACUGGACUUGUCAUCUGUGAGCACUGGAGAUCCCAGACAGCUUCCCAGCCCUCAGGAUUUAAAAGGGAAAAUCCUAGUGAAGGGGAAGAAGUUGCCCUGCAGCCUUGGAGCAGAUGCCGAGGAAGGAGAGGUUUCAGAAGAGGACAGUGCUGAUGAAAUUGAGGACGACUGCAAGUUAAAGCCCUGCUUUAGCAAUGGUGCAACCCAGCACCAGGUGGAAUCUUUUAUAAGAACGAAACUGGAGUCUCUGCUAAAAGAGUCCCAAAUCAGGGACAAAGAGGAUCCUGACAGCUUCACUGUGAGAGCCCUGCUGAAGGCAACUCACCAGAGUUUCAGUGUGAACCUGAAGCAGAACUUGGACACAAAAGAAGGUGGAAAAAAGUCUCAUGGUCGAUCAUUAAUGGGGAACUUCGGUAAACACAAGAGAGCCGCGAAGGCAGCAGCCAAGGCUCCCAGUGCCUCGGACGACGAGGACGGCCAGCAGCACCCUCCGGGCAAGGAGCCAGGGCAGCCCCACAGCAGGCUUGCCCGCCGCAGGAAGACAGUGAAGCUGUGCCGGGCCCUGUCUGACCUGGUGGUGUACACCAACUCCGUGGCAGCUCAGGACAUCGUGGAUGAUGGCUCCACAGGGAACGUGCUGUCGUUCAGUGAGACCAGAGCCCACCAGGCAGUGCAGCAGAAGGCUGAGCAGUUCAUGCUUUACAACCAGAGGCAGCUGACCCGGGUCUAUCCCUCAGCCUACCGCAUCGACUCCAGCAACUUCAACCCUGUUCCUUACUGGAACGUGGGCUGCCAGUUAGUGGCCCUGAACUACCAGUCUGAGGGACGUGUGAUGCAGUUAAAUGAAGCAAAAUUCAGGGUAAAUGGCAACUGUGGCUAUGUCCUCAAACCUCAGCAGAUGUGCAAAGGCACAUUCAACCCCUACUCUGCUGAUCCCCUUCCUGCCAGUCCUAAGAAGCAGCUGAUUCUGAAGAUCAUCAGCGGGCAGCAGCUCCCCAAGCCUCCUGACUCAAUGCUGGGGGACAGAGGAGAGAUUAUAGAUCCCUUUGUUGAGGUGGAGAUUAUUGGGUUACCUGUUGACUGCUGUAAAGAUCAGACCAGGGUGGUGGACGACAAUGGGUUCAACCCUGUGUGGGAGGAGACCCUCACCUUCACCAUCCACAUGCCCGAAAUUGCCCUGGUGCGCUUCCUGGUCUGGGACCACGAUCCCAUCGGGAGAGACUUUGUGGGGCAGAGAACUGUGGCCUUCAGCAGCCUGGUGCCUGGCUAUCGCCACGUGUAUUUAGAAGGACUGACAGAAGCUUCCAUAUUUGUUCAUAUAAUUAUUAAUGAGACCUAUGGAAAGUGGAGCCCUUUAAUCCUCAAUCCCAGUUACACAAUAAUGCACUUUCUAGGAGCCACAAAGAGCAAGCAGCUGAUGGGGCUGCGAGGGCUGUUCUCCAAGGCGCCCAAGGCGGGCGCGGCCGAGGCCAGCGCGCACCACGCGCGCAAGCGCUCCAUCGGCGAGCGCAUCCUGCGGCGCACGGCCAGCGCCCCGGCCAAGGGCAGGAAGAAGAGCAAGAUGGGCUUCCUGGAGGCUGCUGAGAUGAAGGACAGCGCCUCGGAGCCAGCAGACCUGAAGGACAAGGAGGGGGUGGUGCGGCGGCCGAACCGCAGCUCGCAGGCGCGCCCCGCGUCCAUGCCCGUGGACAGAUUCCUCAUGGUAGAGCUGCCCUGCCCAGCAGAGGACACUGCCCAGCAGGCCACGGGAGAGGAAAACACUUCUGCCAACAGUGAUGACAAUACAAAUGAGAAGGAAACAAGCUUGAAAGAACUGGGUUUUCCACAUUCAGAGCAAAAGUCAAAUGCUUCAAAUUUAGCAUCUCAGUUCAAGAAGGAGAAUGACCAGAGGGAUUCUACAGCUGACUGUUUAGUGCCACCUCCACAGGAGCAACCUGAACGUUUGGUUUUUGCAAAUGGUGUAGCUCAAGCAAAUCACCUUGGGGAUUACCAGGAGAAUAAUCUUUCUGAUGGAACUGUCCCCCUAAUGCAAGACUCUGACUCUGAACUUCUCACAGAAAAAUUACACCACAAAAACUGUGCAGACGGUAAAAAGGAAGAUGACACAAAAGGAUCUAAGGAAGGGAAGAUCAGUCUCAUGGGGACUUGUGUUUCUCAGAAUGCAGAGGUGGAGGAUCACAAACAUGACACGAAGAAAAGCACUGCAGCACCUCUUUCCCUUUCUUCUCCCGUGUGCUCUGAGGGCCCUGACUGUCACUCCACGGUGGCCCUGCAGGACAGUGACAUUUCUCACCUCAUUGAUGAAGUCUCUCUCUCGACUGAGGGCGAGCUGGACAGCGCUGUGUCCGCUCUCAUCGGGCAGCUGGAUGGCACAGAUGACCCAACUCCCCUUCCCCCUGUCUCCAGCCCCCACGGCAGCAGCAGCCAGACCCCCAGGGUGGGGGCUGCAGGCCCACACGUGUUUGCUGCAGACCUGAGCAGCCCCUGUAGGCACAACUUCACUCCCACAAAAUCCAACAAAUCCUCUUUAUUCUCCGCUCCGGACACAGCCAUGUUCCCCAGCCUGGAGGAUGCAGAGUAUUCCACAUACACAAUUAUCCACGAGGCAUCUCCAGCUUCUGAAUGUACGAGCCACAGGGCAUUCGUUUGCAAGAAAAGAUUAAAUAGUCUAGAAAGUAACUUGACUGGCUCUUGUUCUUCAUCCCUCUCUUUGCUAAAUGCAAAUCCCAAAAGGAAUUGUGCUACAAAAUCUGGACCAAGCUGGGAAGCCCCCGAGCCUGCCAGUUCUUUCGGUUCCAACAGCCUCAUCUUUGAGGAGGCGCUGGGGCCCCCUGUCCCGGGGGAGCACUCGGCCAGCAGCAGCCUGCUGGAGGUGGAUGGGGACUGCCAGGACCUGCUGGUAACGGCCUGUGAGUACCGCCGGGAGGACAUGAGCCAGCUGGCUUCUCCUGUGAGCCUCAGGCAGAAGCAGGACCACGGGCACAGGGGUGACAGCACCUCGGGGAGCAGCUCCAGCGCUGCUUGGCACUGCUCCGAGACCCCGGGGGCUGCGGGGAGCCGGCUGGCUUUCCCCGCGUGCGAGAACGCCGGGGUGUGGUGGCAGCAGCCCUCGCAGGGGCACAGCGCUGCGGUGCGUGCCCCCCAGGCCGGCGCAGCCUGCGCCCCGCGCCCGCCGCCUCUGCCGUUCCCCCCACACCCGGCCAUCCAGCAGGGCAGCCCCUGCAAGUCCAAGAGUCUGGGAGACCUGACCUCGGAGGACAUUUCCUGCAACUUUGAGAGCAAGUACCAGUACAUCAGCAGGAGCUUCAUCUCCUCGGGCCUGAGGGACAGGAAGGCGGCCAUGCAGGGCGUGAGGCCGCACUCGACGGACGCGCUGACGGAGCAGCUGCGGAGGCUGCUGUCCCUGGAGCAGGAGGACAGCCGGGAGCCGCUGUGCCCCAGGCAGCCGGACGAGGACUGCCCGCGGGCCCUGGUGAGGAAGCUGUCGUCCCGCAGCCAGAGCCGGGUGCGGAACAUCGCCAGCCGCGCCCGGGAGCGGCAGGAGGCGGCGGGCAAGCCGCGGCCGUGCGGCGGCAGCGCCGUGCCCGGCGUGGUGCUGCGGAGCAAGGCGGCGGGGCCGCCGCACGCCGCCAACCGGCACUCCACCGGCUCCUACAUCGGCCGCUACCUGCACGGCUGCCCCGGCGAGCGGCGCGGCGCGCCCGAGGGCGCCUGCUCGGCCCUGCCGCACGGCUGCGGGGAGCUGCCGCUGCCGCCCGGCGCCCCCGAGCAGCCCGAGAUCUAUUUCCUGCUCCGGCUGUAGGCUGCCGGCCCGCGGGAGGGCUGCAGGAGCUGUGGGGCCUCGGGGUGUGCCUAGACGCGGUGUCGUGCCGGCGAGCCGGUGGUGGUUCGACGUGCCCUUGGUGCCGGGGCCGAGGGAAGCGGGGCCGCCCUCCGUCCCUGAGGGAAGCGGGGCCGCCCUCCGUCCCCGCGGGGCUGAGGAGCCCGCCGCCGUUUGUAGCAUUCUGUGUCCGUAAUGCCGCGCUCCAAAGCUGACAUUGCACUGAAGGCAAUACCGCUUUCCUCGUGUCUCGUCCUCCUGCUUGGAAAAACACUUUUGGUGAUCACUUUCGGCCUUUUGUGAGGGUUCUCCAAAGCACUGUGGUGUCUGGAAUGCUGGACCGGGGCUUGUUCUGCCCAACAGGCAGCAACCCUUCAUUAGCAUCACUUGUUCUGUAUUGUUACUAUAAAUUUUACAUGUUUUCAUGUAUGAACUGUGAUUCUGCAGCAAUUGGUUUGUAGAAUUAGGGUUAGUCCAGAUUUGUGAGUCCUGUGUAGAUUUGUCUUCUGCCCUCUCUACAAAGUAUGACAACAAUUGUCUUCCUUUUUGUUUACUGUGUUCAUUUGGGACAGAGUGGAAUGUGGGAGUAAUUCUGCUUUUAUGAAUGAAAACAUUUAUUUUCUGAUUAUUUUGUUAUGUAUUUUUGCUGUUGGUCGUGUGAGUAGCUUUGGUACAGUAGAUCCACUUUCUGUAUAUUUGUAAUUUUAUUGCUAAAUUGUCGACAGUCAGUGGAAUAUUUAAACUGACAUGGUAGAGUGACUAUUUUGACUGUUCACCUUUUUCUAUGAACGCUGAAAGUGAAUUGGGUGAAGGAAUCUCAGACACCUAAAGCUUCCCUGAAGGGAACAACAUAGCUUUAUUUUGGUUGGAAGAUACUCUUUGCCUUUGCUGUAAGUUUUUCUGAUAUGUCAAAGACGUACCUUUUACCUCUUUCUUUUGUA